AAAACGAAACGAAUCAUUCAUUUCCAAAAUGGCUGUCGAUCACAUUGAUGUGGUGGUUCUUUUUGUGUGAAUUAUUGUAUUUUUACGCUAUGGAAAUGUAAUUUCUUGAGUGUUGAUGUGCUUUUACUAUAGUGCAAAGCAGUUACGGACGAUAUAUAAUUUUAAGUGAAUAUAGUUUCGUUUGCGUUGAAGGUUCGGCGUCAUAACGCUUGGCGGGGGCUAACCCUAGCCAUUUUGUCGUAAGGAUUAUAUUGAUUUUUCUGGCAAUCUAACAAGAUGAUGAUGAUGUACACGGGCACGAGCACUGAGCAGGACACCCGCUUCAGCGACAAGGAGAAGAAGCUCAUGAAACAAAUGAAGUUCGGCGAUUGUUUGACACAGCAGGUGGACAUGUCGAAGGUAAAGCUGGAUGUGCUGAAGCCGUGGAUCACACAGAAGAUAACAGAAAUCCUGAAGAUGGAAGACGACGUGGUCAUCGACUACGUCAACAAUCAACUCGAGGAAAAGUUCCCUUGUCCCAAGAAAAUGCAGAUCAAUCUGACUGGAUUUUUGAACGGGAAGAACGCUCGUCUGUUCAUGGGGGAACUGUGGGAGCUUUUACUUAGCGCUCAAGCGAGCGAGAAUGGAAUACCGGAGUCGUUUACGCAGCAGAAAAAGGAAGAGAUAAAAAAGCGUAUGGUGGAAGAACAAAAGGACAAGGAUAGCAAGGACAAAGACAAGGAACGCCGCCGGACGCGCUCGCGCUCCCGAUCGCGGCGUCGCUCCCGGGACCGCCGUCGCUCACGCUCGAGGUCACGCGAUCGUUCCACAGACAGAAAACAUCGCAGCGGGGGAUCGCCGCGCCGGUCGCGGAGGCGCAGCCGCGACAAGGGCAGCCCCAGCCGCGACAAGAGCAGCCGCGACAACACCAGCCCGCCGAAGACCUCUGCCGCUGUAGAUGAAAUCAAAGUGCCAGAAGCAAAAGAAAACGGGAAGUCUCCAGAGGUGAAGGAAGAAGUGGCGAAAGAAGAAGAAGUCAAUCAAAACUCCACCACUACUGACCCCGCCCCCGCCGACAAGGAAACCGAAAAGGAGGAGGAUAAGAAAGACAAACCCGCUGAAGAUGGAAAGAAAUCUAGAUCAGCAUCACCCGCUAAGUCUGCAACAGGCGAAAAACCGGCGGAAGAGAAACCGGCAGAAAAGCCACGGCACACCUCAAGCGACAGACGAUCUUCAUCAGUUUCGUCGCAUGGCAGUGCUAAGAAGAGGUCGUCACAUAAGAAGCGCCAAUAUCGCUCCAACCGUGACUCGUCUACAAGUGUCAGCCCCAGGCGCAGUUCUCGCAGGGAGAGGAGUAAGUCCCGCCGCCGCAGCAGCCGCCGCCGAUCGCUGGACCGGCGCGAGCGAGACAGGGAGCGUGAACGCGAGCGCGAGAGGGAGCGAGAGAGAGAACGGAGGCGGCGCGAAAGAGAGCGUAGGGAGAGGUCGCGAGAACGCCGCCGUUCGCUCGAAAGACGUAGGCGCUCGCGGUCGCGUUCGCGAAGGCGUUCCAGAGACAGGUCCGGGGACCGGCGCCGGUCGCGCUCGCGCAGGCGGUCCCGCUCGCGCCGCCGCUCGGGCCGCCGCUCUCGCGACCGCCGCUCCAGGGACCGCCGGUCUAGGGACAGAUCCAGCCGCGACAGAAGAGACAGGUCUAAAGAGCGCAGCGUCAAGGACAGCAGGAGGUCGAGGGACAGGAAGUCUCGCGACAAGAGGUCCAGCGACCUCAUCAAAGAACGCCUGGAGAAGUCCGUGUCUAUACCACGGAAAGAAAACCUCGAAAAACCACGCAAGAAGUCUGCCGAAAGGAUUUCAAUCGCACGCGAAGAGCUCUCCAAAGAAAGAGUCAUUUCCAGUUCGAGCAGGGAAUCUUCCGUGGCCAACGACAAAUCCGCCGCCCAAAAUGAUAGCCAAGUCAAAGCUGUACAUUCUACUGAUGAUGAAAGGGAAGAAUUUAUACCGAUACCUACUCUACGAGAGUACUCCAAGAGCCUGUCACGCACGCCGUCGCCAUUCUUGAGAAAACAUGAGAUUGAAAAUAACAAAAAAUCGGACAGAUCUUGCGAUGACGCUUCUGGCAAAGAACACCAAGAAGAAGAGCCUAAAGUCAAGGAGGUUAAAAAAGCUAAACGCAAAUCCCGCCAUACUGAAUCAGAAAGUGAAAGUAGUGAAGAGGUUGCUAAGUCAAAGAGCAAAGCAAAACUUAAACGUAAAGAAAAAGUUACCUCCAAGAAGACAAAGAAACCUAAAAAAGAGAGCUCCUCCAGUGACAGUGAGUCCGAGGAGUCGUCGUCGAGUGACUCUGAAGAAGAUAGGAAAAAGAAGAGCAAGAAGACUUCAAAGAAAAAGUUGGCAAAGAAAUCAAGGAAAAAGAGGGCCCGCUCUUCGAGUUCGGAAUCUAGUUCUGAAGAGGACGUCAAACAUAAGAGUUCUAAAAAGAAGAACAUUCCAGAAGAGUCUGAUACAGACAAGAAAUCAAAGAAGCGUUUGAAGGAUCCUAGUGUAGAUCGUUCGAGGUCAGAGAAAGUGGAUGGGAAACAAUCUAAGUCAAAGAAAGCUGAUAAUUCUGAAGACUCGCACGCUGAAAGCUCCGAUAGCGAUGCGAAGUCGAGCAAAAAGAAAGUUGCGAAACGCGAUUCCACUAGUUCGGAUAAAGAAGCUCGACGAGGUAAAAAAGUUGACGUAUCCAAAGAAAAGCCACCUUCGCCUGAAGUAAAGUCCAGGAAAGGUGAAGAAAAGGUGUCAAAGCAGAAGCAUUCUGAAGAUCACAAAUCUAAGUCACGCGACGAACCUGAGAAGAAAGCGAAGAAACGAGAGAAGGACGACUCCUCCUCAGACAGCGAUCAAGUAACUAAAAAGAAGCCAAGAAAGAAGGUGUCUGAAUCUGAAUCCGAAUCGGACAGUGACGAACCUAAAAAAUCAAAGAAAACUAAAAAGCAUAAAAAACACUCGAAGAAGCAUAAGAAACACAAAAAACAUAAGAAAGCAUCCAAAAAGAAGGACGACUCCUCCGACAGCGAGGAGGCCGAGGAGGAGGAGGAGGAAGGAAAAGUUAACAAUGAGGACCUAGAAAAGAAACUUCGCGAAAGAGCUUUAAAAUCUAUGAAGAAGCAAACGAGUGUGUCUGGCUCCGAAUAACAACCGGAACAUAACUCUUUUCGUCCACUUUUGGAGUAAUGCUGACUUUUAAGUAGUGUAACACUAUUACAUAUUAAUGUUUUUUAUUUUAACUAAAUGUUGCUAAACAUUUUUGGAAUGAAUUAGCAUGUAUGAUUUAAUGAUUACGUGUAUGUCACAUUGUUAGUAAUAAUAAAGUCUUGAAACUAUGCAAA